AUGUUGACUGUCUCCACCCACAGUCCCCGUCGGUCCCGCCUGGCCGCAGGAGGUCCAGUGGAUGCCCGGUCAGUGGGCUCGGCCUUUGCCGGGGGGUGGGUAAAGUGGGUCUCUGCGCAUUCAACCCCUGAGCCUACCGCUGGAACCCAGCUGAAAAAGCUCAGACCAACAGCACCAGAUAGCGACACCCAUGCCUCGUCAUUCAACUCCACCGCCAUGGGCGACUCCGAAGAACACAAGGGCGCCGACACCCUGGCGUGGGAGAAAGCGACAGCCGACAACAACAACAACAACAACAACAACACAUCUCAACCUCAGACGCAGGCUCAGGCCCCGUCAACAUCGACAUCCUCAAAAUCCCAGCCCGCAGCCCAAACCUCUUCAGAAGCGCCAAAAGUCUCAGUCUCCCUCGAACAAGCCAGGAUAUUCCUCCAGGAUGCGCAGGUGCAAAAGGAGACGACAGAGCGCAAGGCCGCCUUUUUGAGGAGCAAGGGCAUCUCCCAGAGUGACAUCGACGAACUGCUGAAGGAGGAUUGGAUUCGGGCGCAAUCAGAUGCAAGUCAUUUCUUGUAUCUCAGUAUGAGAGAAAUCCCCGUCACCAACGAAUCGUCAUCAACGGCUUCGUCAAAGGUGGCUGCUGCGAUAACAACCACAACCACCCUCCCCAAGACAAAAGAACAACAUGUGCCCAUCAUCACCUACCCCGAGUUUAUGGCCGAGACGCACCGGGCGCCACCGCUAAUAACCAUGAACGGCGUCCUUAACACGGCCUACGCCUUCAGCGGUAUCGCCGCCCUCGUCUACGGCGCCAACAAGUACGUUGUCGAGCCCAUGCUUAACCAACUCACCGAGGCCCGCGUCGACUUCCACGACAACGUCAAGGACAACCUGGACCGGCUGGUCGAGAAGCUCGAGCAAACCGUGUCGGAGCUGCCUCCGGGCUACAAGGCGUCAGACGGCCGCGCCGGCCGCUACAAGGACGCUUACGACGACGAUGACGACGACAACAUGAGCACGUACGAGGACCCGACCGAGAUGUUCCACCGGGACGUUGGCAUCCAGACGUCGCCGCCGCCCACGCCGUCGGUGCGGGCCAUGUCGCUUCCUUCGCGCCCGGGCACGGCCAUGUCGGCUCGGUCUCUGUCGGAGAUCUACGAGGCGCACUCGCGGGCCCAGUCGCGCGCGGCGUCGGCCAUUUCCGAGCGGCACAUGAACCACACGCAGAAGCAGCAGAGGCGGCUGGCGGAGCUGGUGACGUCGGUCAAGGAGAUCAACGAAGGGCUGACGUCGCAGUGCGAGGACUACGACGAGCUCAGGACAACGGUGGACGUAUUCCACGGCGAGCUGGAGCAGUUGGCGCUGCAGCACUACGACUUCACUGGAGGCUUUUCGUUGUACGGGUAUACCAAUCGGAGCGAGCCCAACGAUGAGAUCAAAAAGGCCAAAGAGAAUAUCAGACGGGUCAAGGGCGUGUUGCUCACCACGAGGACAUUUGCUACGCCUGCUCCUGGUGCCUCGGGGCGGUAGGAACGCAUGAGGCAGCAAGUGGCAGAUGCGCGGAAUGCUCGACGUGAUGGGAAGAAAGAAGGGGCGGAGUAAAUUAAUGAUGCUUUCCUCCCGUCAAGUUGGAUAUGGAGCAAAAGCAUGGGAUUAUUCACACAUGAUGCUUUGAAGAUUCAAAGCAAGCAAAACGCCAAGGUGUAAUCGGUAGAAGUAAGUAUUAGCCAGCGGUUAAUGACAUAAUUGUUGUUCUCUU